UUCAGACAGCCCGGAGAAGGGAGGGAGCGAAAGCUGGUGCCAGGAAGGAGUUCCUGCCCUGCGCUCUGCCCCCACGCCCUGGCCCCUUCUGGGCUUUGUCUGGACCAUGGUUGGAGACCAUUGUAACCUCCCUGGAGACAGAACCGUGCUCAGCCCGCCCCCCAAAACUGGCCUGAGCUGCAAGAUGGUCCUGCAGGCCGUGGGCAAAGUGCUCAGGAAGUCCAAGGCCAAGCCAAACGGCAAGAAACCCCCGGCCGAAGAGAAGAAACUGUACCUGGAGCCGGAGUACGCCAAGUCCAGGAUCACAGACUUUGAGUUCAAGGACCUAGUGGUGCUGCCGCGGGAGAUCGACCUCAACGAGUGGCUCGCCAGCAAUACGACCACCUUUUUCCACCACAUCAACCUCCAGUAUAGCACAAUCUCCGAGUUCUGCACAGGAGACACCUGCCAGACUAUGGCCGUGGGCAACACGCAAUACUACUGGUAUGACGAGCGGGGGAAGAAGACCAAGUGCACGGCCCCCCAGUACGUCGACUUCGUCAUGAGCUCGGUGCAGAAGCUGGUGACUGACGAGGACGUCUUCCCUACCAAAUACGGCAAGGAAUUCCCCAACUCCUUCGAGUCGCUGGUCAAGAAGAUCUGCAGAUACCUGUUCCACGUGCUGGCGCACAUCUACGCGGCGCACUUCAAGGAGACCCUGGCCUUGGAGCUGCACGGACAUUUGAACACCCUCUACACACACUUCAUCCUCUUCAUCAGGGAGUUCAACCUGGUUGAUUCCAAGGAGGUCACGGUCAUGGACGACCUCACGGAGGUCCUGUGUAGCGGGGGUGGCGGGGGCGGUAAUGGCAACGGGGGGAGCGGCGGCAGCGGAGGGGCACAGAACCACGUGAAGGAGAGAUGAGCCUUCCGUGGGGACCGGGACACGCACGGACCUUUGGAAAGAGAAACCGACCCUAGUCUAUAUUCUAUUUCUGCACGUGCUUGCGGGCGUGGGUGUGCGCGCGUGUUUGUGUGUGCGGGUGUGGUUCUGCGGGUAUGUAUGCACACACACACCCACGCGCACACCGGCACGCGCCUGCACGCUCACGGACUCAACAGUGGACGUUCCGGAGAUGGGGCAGCGGAUGUCCCCAGGACUCGUGGGACGGGCGCCAUCGCUGCGCUGAUGACAUUGGGGCUUGUCCUGGUUCCCUGCUCGUGGCUGGAUGGGGGAGCGUGGGGGAGCCCCCCCGCUGGAGCGGGGCUGGUGUUUGGGCCAGUCCGUGUUUCGUUUUGUUCUCGGCUUUUUCCUGUCCUUGGUUUCCUGUGCAGAGAACUCGCUCCCAGCAUUCCGUUCUGAAAAGUGACUUUUCCUUUUGAAGUGGAUGGAUGGGCAGAGCUUCUCGCCUGGGCUUCUUUCCUUUGGUUUCAUUUUUACCUGGAUUCCCCUCGAGCGACCCGGCCUCUGCCACCUGGAGGGCUUCUAGACAGGCCCAGGCCUGCUAUGCCCCUCCUGCUCCAGAUUUGCAACUGAGAGAGUGGGCGUGGCCAGGGGAAAAGAAGGGUGUGGCCGGGGGGGGUCACAGGAGAAGGGCCAGGGCCUUGACAUGGCUAUGUCGGCUUCUUUUAGUUCAUCUUCAAUAAUGAUAAUAAUAAUAAAAAAGAAUCCUCCAACAAGCCUGA